GAUCAAUCAGAUCGCAAAGUCGCUGCUCCGACAUGCCGAUUUGAUUUCUUGACCAUUCUUGACUCGAGUGACAAACGACACGGGCAGUCUCACCGACGUAGCACCACGAGAAUCGAUAGCCAAGCUUCACAAGUACCAUCUGUUUCCAGCCACAAGAACCACACAGGCCAUGGCCCUCUCCGCCUACCGCAACCUCUGGCGCUCCGCCAACGUCGCCUUUCGAGGCGACCAGAGAAUGCUCACCGCAGCCCGAUCCUCGAUCCGCGCCGGCUUCUUGACCAACGCACACCUCGAGCCCUCGAGUCCCGAGUACGCGCCCGCCCUGCAGCACGCCAACGAGGUCGCCACGAUACUGCGCCAGAAUGUUGUGCAGGGGAAGCAGAUAGACAGCGACGGGGACCGGUAUAAACUCAACAUCCACGCCGAGACGGAGCGCGGCGACAACGAGUCCAUCAAGUUCGCCGGCAAGAAGAUGGCACGGGCGGGCGAUCCGCAGCCCGCCACACAGAAAUGCUGCAGCCAGUAAAGUGACAUCGACACGGCAGACGCGAAGACGCGGAGGAGUCGAGAGGGGCCAUGGUGGCGAUCGCAUGAAUGGAAAUAUACGACAUCUUAUGUACGACAGGAACAGAUACAAGGCGGGCAUACGCGGUGGAAUGGCGGUGCGAAUGCAUUGUACUAUAUAACGAAAACCUUACGAUACCCGUAUUUGUAACAACAGCAAGACAAAAGCCUAGACUUUGCACAAAUAAAUGAAGUAUGAUCACAAAAGGCGAGAGAUG